GCAAAUGCAGCGGCGAUGAGGCAAAAGCGAGAGGUUGGACCGGCUAGUGCUCUUGCCAUUGGCGAUGCUUGCUUUGAAGACUCCAUUGCUAAUUUGCAGGGCAGCACUUGCCGUGCUUUCUGAUUGGGUCAAGUUGACGGCGAUGACUUCACUUGCGCACUCUUCUCCACUGAGACACAUGGACUUGCACCGAUUUGGACCUGCACCGAAGCGGUCUACGAUGCUACAGCAUCUGUACAUUGUUCUACUUCAGACCGUUCACUUUAUCCAUGAAUGCGGAUGUUGGGUGUCGGCGUCGUUAGCAUAGCAUUAAAG